GUGGUUCGAAGGGAAAUGAUCGGCCGGCACAUGAUAGCGCUACAAGGAAUGCUGUCUUCCUGACGCGUUGUAGUUCGCCGCGUACGCAGAUGAAGAAUGGCGUUCUUUACACGCUAUUCCCGUCUAAUACAUGCCGUUGCGCGGAGUACCGCGCAGCCAAAAAGGACUACGUCGUGCCGCAUCGUCAACCGGCGGGUCUCAUCUUAUGGAGUCUUUGCACAAGAAAAAACGGACGGCGAUGAAUUUGAACGCAACAGCGGGCGCGCAUGGGCUCUCCUUGGCGGCGGCAUAUCACUGGGGCUUCUAGCCCUCUGGAAGACGUCUCCGGUCCUGGCCAAGCAAGAAACGAAGGCAGAUGAACCUGUGGACAGCUUGCCGGUCUACACCGCCCAAGAAGUCGCUAAGCACGACAGGAAGGAGACGAGGAUAUGGAUUUCGUUCAAGUGUGGCGUCUACGAUGUUACCGACUUCGUGGACGAACACCCAGGUGGAGACAAGAUUCUACUGGGUGCCGGUGGAGGCAUCGACCCAUUUUGGAAUCUUUACGCCGUCCACAAGACUCCCGAGAUUCUCGCCUUGUUGGAGACAUUUCGCAUUGGCAACCUGGCAGCAGAAGACGUUGGUGCAGCAUCUGAGGGCAUUGAAGACCCAUACCUGCUCGAUCCCAAGAGGCACCGUGACCUGAAGCCCGCCUCUGUCAAGCCCUUCAAUGCAGAGCCACCCCUGGCCACCCUUGCUGACAACUACAGGACACCCAAUGAGUUAUUCUACGUGCGAAACCACAUGCCUGUGCCUGACGUGGACCCAAAGGACUAUGUUCUGGAGAUAGAGGACCCGGACGGUAAAUGUCACGAGCUCACGUUGGAUGACAUCAAAGCCAAGUUCCCUAAGGUGUCUAUCACUUCAGUUAUUCAGUGUGCUGGGAAUCGACGCUCUGAGCAAAACAAGAUUAAAAAGGUGAAAGGCCUUGACUGGGGUCCUUGUGCGAUUGGCAAUGCCACCUGGUCAGGGGCAAGACUGGUGGAUGUACUGCGCUACCUUGGAGUUGACCUUUCUGAUGAGCGCAUACAGCACAUUGUCAUGGAGGGUUUAGACACAGACCCUACAGGAACGCCCUACGGUUCCUCGUUUCCAGCACACAAGGCUUUGGAUCCAAAGGGAGAUGUACUGUUGGCGUACGAGAUGAAUGGCCAGGAGUUGCCUCGUGACCACGGCUUUCCCCUGAGGGCAAUUGUGCCAGGAGUCGUUGGUGCUCGCAAUGUGAAAUGGCUGGCACGCAUCCAACUCAGCCCUACAGAAAGUGAAUCGCACUGGCAACAGAAUGAUUACAAAGGCUUUUGCCCAUCAACUGACUGGGACACGGUGGACUUCAAGAGUGCACCAGCUAUCCAGGAGCUGCCCAUAACAUCGGUGGUGUGCAGGCCACUUGAGGGAGAUGUGGUGACACCUGUGGAUGGCAAAAUACAAGUCAAAGGGUACGCUUGGAGUGGGGGAGGUCGCAAGGUAGUUCGUGUGGACGUAAGUGCAGAUGGUGGGAAGAACUGGAUACCCGCCCAAUUGGAGAGCGAGGACACUUCACUGCACAGAGCGUGGGCCUGGACACUCUGGAAGGUCGAUCUUCCAGUGCCCAAGGAUACAGACAAGGUGGAGGUUGUGUGCAAAGCCGUUGACUCAUCGUACAAUUCGCAACCCGAGGGUGUUGACGGUGUCUGGAACCUGCGUGGUGUCCUCAACAAUGCUUGGUAUCGCGUCCACGUCACAGUGAAACGGUCAUAGAAGUGAAGGCUGCUGCAGGUCUAUCCCAGUGGCCUCAGGUCAGCUCCAAACAAGCACACGUUCUACAAAAUGUCGAGAGACGUAUCUCUGGUCAAGCUGUGGAAAGUAGUCUGGGUAAACAGAGGAGCAGUGGAAGCCAAGCACUUCCAGUGGAUGACGAUUGACCCGGCGCAACCUGCAUUAACAGAAAUAUCGCAGCUUGGCCAAAGCGAACAGCGUGUGCCUUUACGUGCAAAUGCUGUCGCACAGUUUGCCCUCAUAUUGAGAGUUACUAUACAGUGCAACGGACUAUUUUACGUGUGACUCACAUCGUUUAAAAAAAUGCUGAUGAUCAUACUUCCAGCCCCCUAAUAACGCUGCUUAUUAGUGCAAUUACUAAACAUUUAUUUUGUAAUAUUGUACAAUGAGCAAUUGUCCAAUAUACUCAAUGUACAGUACUCACAGAUUGAAGCGGCACAAUUUUCAAGCUAGGCAACGUGCAUACUGUCAUUUCCACUGCCUUCAGUUUGGGUCAUGUGCAUGUAAUUUCAACUCACUCUUAGACUAGAGCCAACAUUAUCUUUAGAGGUCAGAUUCGUCACGACAUAAUGUGGUUAUUUCGAGCAAUGGUGCAUGCCAGUCCUUACACCAAAACAUUUUAUGUCUCAUUAAAAUUUGUGAGUACUGCACCUUGCAAAGUUUUAUAUAGUAGUUGGAGCUAACGGCUGAUUCUUGUUGUGAAAGUAUUAUAUAGGUGUGUCAUAAUGUGAAGAAAUAAAUUGCUGGGUAAUGUUGGCACACAUAAAUAUCUCGUCAGCAAACUUGGCUCCACUGCCUUUCAAGACCACUUUUAUGUAGAGCGAUUUGUCCUAAAGCCAAAUAGAAAUGAAAUGAGAGACACUGUACGCCUAAACAAUCACAUGUUUAAGGAAAGGUUUUGAAAGAAAAUAUCAUUGAUGGUUUUCGAUGCAGACAUUUUUACCGCACAGUAUUGCUCAGUUAAUUUUUUCUUAUUUUUUGUCCAUUUUUAAAUGUGCAGCUUCAAUAAUAUCUUUAAACUCCACUUUAUGCACUGUUCUUGCAGUCAGUGUGAAAGUAUUAGUGACAUCUAUGGGAAAAAAUGUUCGGUUUUGAAACAACAUCCUUCACAUUCACAUAGGUAGCGUUCUUGAAUGCGAACUAUUUUCCUGUCUGUCUCUUCUGUAAACUGCAUUUAUACAAACUAUGAUGUUGCUGACAUGCACCAAGAUUAUUGUUAUGGUUCCUGAUCGGCAUUAAAUUAGAGCUUCAAGUAUUUUUAGGCCCAUUAAGCUGAUCCUCCAUGGGUUAUAACAUGACAAAAUGGGCAGAGCACUAUUUUCUGGCAGUGUUUUGAAAUAAAGUUUCACAUGAGUUUGAACAAUGAAGUUAGCUUUCUACAACGCAAGUGUCGAACACAUUUUUGUGCAAUGAUUUUAUGCCUACUAGUGUAGCACAACUAUGAUAUUUUUCCCACUUUGGUCUUAUGCAAAUCAAGUACUUCCACCAUCUUUUAACUACUUAACACAUCUCUUUUUUUGAAAAUUUCCAGUCAAAAUUUACCAAUUUUUUUAAUUACUGGUCUUUAAUCUGAUUGCACUAAAAAGCAGCUAGUCAAUGUUCAAAAAUAGUUUCACAACAUACUUAGUCAAAUAAAUGGAAUAAAGUUGAUUGUUGAACAAUA